GUCCUAGUCGACGCCGUCGGUAUUUCUGAGACAAAAAUAUCUGAUCACGCCUUCCCUCGGAUAGGAAGUAAAGCCGUAGGUCCCGGCCCAUGUGUUGAUGGGUUCGAUAUGUAGGGUGUCAGGUGUGUGUGGAUGUCUCCCUGACCGUCCGUGUUUAGGCUUAGUACCAGAAAUAGGCGGACGUUAAACUAGAGCUGAUGCUGAACGGUGUCGGCUCGCCAGAAAUAAGAAGAAGAAGCCCAUCAAAGAGAUUCAGGAAGCAGCAGCCGGCAGCAAAGUGAAAAAUCGAUAAGAAUCUCGUUCGAGUGCCAAACAAGUAAUAAAGGUUCCACCAAACUACUCUGUUCCUGUGAUUUAAGUUUAUUCUAGGAUGAUUUCAAAAUGGUUGUUCGUGAUUCUGUUCUAUCGCUUUGCACCGGCGUCGUCGUCGUCCUUGGAGUCGACCCGUGGGAACCAACAAGUGGCCUGCGGUUGGUAUGAUUUCUUUCUCGACAUCCACAGGUGUUACCAACGCCCGCCGGGACAAUCGCCAACAGUUACCUACAUAAUGUACGACGUGAAUCCUUCGGAGGGGUUCAACCUUCGGCGGGACGUCUACAUCCGGAUGGCGGUGUUCCUGCGGACGCUCCGAAAGCGACCGGGUUACGAGCGGAGUAAACUGGUGCUGCCUCCGUGGUCCGACUUGUUCCAUUGGCGAUCGAGCUAUCUGAAUCAGAUGCAUCUGCCGUGGGGUCACUUCUUCGAUCUGGAGUCGAUGCGGGCUUAUGCGGACGUUAUCGAAACGUGGGAGUUCUUCGAUGAGUACCGGAAGUUGGCGAAGAAUGGGAACAAAGUGGUCAUCGAUGAGUUCUACAGGCUGGGCCACUUUGACGAUAUGUUCGAAAAUGGGGUGUUUGUGGACAAGUUUGAGCAGACGGCGUGCAAGAAGGAAACGGAACCGAGCAUUUCCGGAACGUCCGGUGUCAUGGGUUACCGGAACAUCACGAUCGACGAGAGGAUAUGCGUGAAAUUUCAAGGAUCGGCCUCGCUGCUUUACUCGAUGUUUGAGAAGCUGAGACCGAAGAAGCGCGAAGGAUUACGGGUGAUUUUCCUGGCCCGGGCGGAAACGGUUCUGCACGACUACUGGGGCAAUGUGGAUUACUGGGAGGCUCGACGAUCGAUGCGGUUCAAUCGAGAUCUGGUCCGGAUAGCGAACAAGUUCCGGCUGGACUUCUUCAACUCGACGAACCAGUGGGAUCGGGUUCAACGGCCAGCCAGCUGGACCGACGAGGGACCAUACCGGAAGUCGAGGGGUGGUGACUACCUGUGUGCCCACAUGAGGCGAGCGGACUUCCUGUUCGGAAGGGAAAAGACCACUCCAACGCUACACUCCGCUGCCAUGCAAAUCAAGCGCAAACUGCUUGAACUCGGACUCCGGAAGGUCUUCAUAGCGUCGGACUGUUCCAAGUCGGAAUUCCACGAUCUGAAAAACUACCUGAAACGGUUCAAGGUGGUCCGGUACACACCGGAGAGCAGGGACGAGAUGACCCGGCUCAAGGACGGCGGGGUGGCCAUCGUCGAUCAGAUCAUAUGCUCCCACGCGCGGUUCUUCAUUGGGACGUACGAGUCCACCUUCACCUACAGGAUCUACGAGGAGCGCGAAAUUCUGGGCUUUCCAAAGGACCUGACCUUCAACACCUUCUGUAAGGAGGAAGAAAUCGGAAACUGCGAGAAGAAUGCUAUUUGGCCCAUUCAAUAUGCGUGAUAUUGAACUGGGGACGUUUAAUAGUUCCAGCAAUCUAAAUCUAAAUACCUUACAUAAGAGUGAAAAUCGAACCAGUACUAAACAGUGCAAUGUGAUGCCAUUUAUGUUAAGCUAAAGAACAUACGUAGAACCAACCAGACGCAGUACCACGACUUUAAAAUCUAAAACAUGGAUCAACUAUUUAAGGUAAGAGUCUGUCAUAUAUUGUCCUCAUUUUAAGGCUGUAGAAUUACUACUGUACAGUUACGUGUAAUACUCAAUCAUUAGGUUUAAAUUAUACUCUGAAAUUAAAAACUUCAUGCUGUAAUUUUAUCACUUCGAAAUUUCCUAGAAAA